UUAAGCCCGCGCUGCAUUAUACUCGCGUGAAUAAUUGCGGGAAGGAGCGUGAAAACACAGCGCACUCUUUCCUUGAGCACCAUUUGUAUGCGAGGCGGUGGUUGCGGCGGAGUCUUGAACGAGGAGGUUUUUGUGGAAAGCGUAGCCAAUGCCCGUCGGCAAGUGGCCGUGGCAGUGAUGAGGAGGAGGACACGGAGAGGAGAGUCCGUCGUCUUUCUCCUCGACUGCGCACUGUUUUUUUCUCGUUUUUCUGCCUGCGUGCGUGCGUGCGUGCGUCCGCGGCUAGCGUUGUGGUGGUUUGUGCGACCACUGCUGCUGCCGUAGCGAGCGCUCGCUGGGCCAGCCACCGCGCUUCCACCGUUGCUCCGACGUCGUGAGUCGUUGCAGCGAGCGGCGCGCUUCCAGCGUGGUGCGAGCGUAGGAGCUUCGCUCACGAGUGAGAUGCGCAGCGCCGUUGGCUGAAGCGCACCUUGCGCUCGUCGUCGCGUCAGCGCCGUGCCUAGGUCAGCGUUGAGCCAGCCGAUCGAGCGACGACUCAGUGUGCACGCCAGAGGAGCAGGCAAACAUGCCGACCCUGCGGGACAAACUGGCCGACUUCCUGCGGCAGUUGUCGACGGGCACGGAGCGGGCGGGCGCCGAUCCCAAAGCCGAGUGUCCGUCGCCCACGUCGGCGACGGCCACAUUCAUGCAGCGUUACCUCAACGGGGAAGGGCUUCCCAAGCAACCUGAGAUUGUACACUCCAAGUCGUGCUAUGAUUUGCCCAACCGGGACAUCGCACCCCUUUCCAAGCGCAUCCUGGCGGCCUACACGGGGCCGUCAGGUGGCCUGACGGGCGUCAACAGGGGGCCGCACCGGGCCCUGACGGUCACCGACCAGGUGGACUUCAUUGACGAUGAUUCCCUGUGUGGCAGCAAUGAGAAUCUCGCCUCCAGGUACCUUGAUAGGAGUGGUGGCACACCCAAGGCCAAGGCUCCCACCAGCCUGUCGUCGUCAAACAGCGAGGGGCCACGAGUUGCUGACACAGCUUGUGUAACUGGUGAAGAGGCUGAGACGACCACUGAGGAGAUUGCUGGCAUCUGCAAUUGGAACCAGCCAGCAGAAUUCGCUUACGGAAUCGCCACAACACUUUACGAGUGUCAUCCCGUCACCAAAGAAAAUGCAGGAGAGCCAAUCGCAGACGCAUUUGCAAUCUGCGUCCGGGAGAACAGUGCUGUGAUGGCCCUGGCAGACGGCGUCAACUGGGGUGACAAGUCCUGCCUGGCGGCACGUUGUGCCGUGCACGGCUGUAUGGACUACCUUAAUCGGGCACUGUACCGCGAGGGCGGCACCAUUGAAACAACACAGGAGGUGUUUGUUUGUCUGCUGCGUUCAUUCCAAGCUGCACACAGCUUGAUCCUACAAGAGCAAGGCAUGCUCACGACACUGUGCGCUGCAGUAACUGUCCAGCUUCAAGGCUCUGACCAGUACGUCGUGUGUGUGUGCAACGUUGGUGACAGCCUUGCCUAUGUCUACAAUCAGCAGCAUGGUGUUCGUGAAAUCACUCUAGGAUCUCACGACAUCCACUCGAUGCGGGACAUGCGGGAUGCCCUUGGUGCUCUGGGCCCCGUUGACGGACAGAACCCUGAGCUCAACAACCUAACCGUUUCCAUGACGGUAGUCCAGCCCGGUGACAUCCUCUUCCUCACCUCUGACGGUAUCUCGGACAACUUUGACCCCGUUGUCGGCAAGUUUGCCAUUGCCAAGCGGAGUCGCAAGGAUGGCACGACCAACACGCAGCAGCCACCUCUGCCCCUGCCCGAGGUCGAGGCCCACCAGAGGCAUGCACUGACCCUGCUGCGAAUGCAGGACCUGCUGCAGCAGGGCCUGUACCAGGGGGAUGGAGCGUGCAGUUCAGCUGAGGACCUCUGCGAGCGUAUGGUGGACUUCGCCACCAAGUUGACGGCGGCCAAACGGCGCAUCCUUGAAGACCCUGAGCUUUAUGCAGCUGACUCUGCACCAGGCGAAGAUGCUCGGCGGCGGCGCCACCGUGCGGGACCCCGGCUUGCCAUGGUGCCCGGCAAGCUGGACCACGCUUCGCUCGUUGCCUACCAGGUUGGCAGGGGCAGCUCCAAUGCCCGCUGCCGUCGCCGGCAAGGCACGGACGUGUACGAUGGUCAGGAGGACCGUGCCAACCGAAAUGUCCCUUCUACACCUGGAGAAUCAGACGACUAUCCCGACAACCUUCCCUAUGAGACGACUAUCUGAGCUGCCGUCUGUGGGUGCGAUACACGAGCACUGGGUGGGAAACAAACCUCCACUUUCCUGACAGGGUGGGCUGGACCUUCUGGAUUCACCUGUGCUCACUUAUUUCCCAUGUCACAUAGAUUUCGCAAACUGGAAUGACUCAUCCACUUCGAGGAGGGCUGGGAAGCUAUGUGGACAAACCUCCACGCAAGUCAGUCUCAUUUGUCAUAUGAUUACAGUUUUGUGCCAAGCGUGUGCACAGAACGGCAGCCCCUUCUCUGAUGAAGUCUGUGUGGCAUGUUUCCUACUGUGCAAGGCAUGGUGGGCAUUGUCUGACGGUGACCACCUCGCUUUCUUUGAGAAGCUGACCAGGAGGGUCAUGCAAGCCAGUAAUGUUUCCUUCACUUCUGGAAAGCUGAAUGGUACCCAGACAUUAAUAUAUCUCGGACGGCCAUCUGCUUUAUCACUGUUCCCAGUUUAUGGCAGUGGUUGGCCUCAAAUCAUCACCCCUCACUUUGACGAGGUGCACUGGACACUUCACUCCUCCACACAGGCUUCUAUCGAAUUCACAGUCCGGCCACCUCCAGGCAUACUUGUUUCGGGCACCGGGGGUAGCUUCGGAAAGGAGUCACUUCUUAGAAAAGAAUUUUAAGUGUUCACACAUUCCAGCAUCAAGAAGACAUGUAGGGGAAUAGCAUUUUAUGCUCUUCAGGUAGAUGCUCUCAUAUCUCAAUGCUAGUUGUUCUCCACACGCAUCUCCCAAAGUAGUAAAUACUGAAGGAACGACUGUAGCAAUGAGCCCUUAAGACAAUCUGGAUAGAAGUGUGCUUACAACUGUAAGCACACUUCUGCUUAGAGAAGCGUUCACAAUGUUUGCACUUUCUCUGGAACACUGGUAUAUAGCCCACAUAAGUGGGUAUAUUGAAAAAGGAGCAGAAGGCACAGUGCUCCUCGAGUUCACUAAAGUUGUGUCGUCUGCAUUGUCAGGAUUCGUGUACAAUCCCUCGGAGAUGAACUAGACGAGUGGGUUCUUCAGCAGCAGAGAGCUGGUUGUCUGGUUGCGGCUGCUCUUGAUUGAUGCUCAAAAUGCUGCACUAACUCCCAUAUUCAGAAAUGCACCUUAACUUGAAGCCCACACUUGAUUUGAUCUAAAUGACACCUGGCUUGAGGGUGCCCAGGACGCCCAUUGCAUUUCUUUCAGUGCAUUCAUGACAUUUGUCGUUUAGAUCAAGUCAAGCAGGGGCUUCAAGUUAAGGUGCAUUUCUGAAUACUUGUGCUUUUUAAACCGAUCACUUCACCUUCAUAAAAGUUUUCUUCGGUGCAAAAGGUAUGUGUUCGUAUGCUUUGACUGGCACAGCCAUAGCAUGCAUUUCGAAGAAAGCAUAUUUGCAGCAGUAGCAAUGCCUUCAGCAGCCAUCUGAUUAUAUUUGGAUAAUGCCUCAAAGUCUGUGGACAGUCAGAAUUCCUGUCACAGAGAGACAGAAUUUGUACCUGCGGUGAUUUAUAGAGUGCUUUUAGUGUGAUAACUGGGUUUCUGAAGAAUGGCUUUCUCACUAUAAGCUGAGUGUGUCUUUACUGGUAGAGCGCAUUGUAGGCGCACAGGUCUGAGACACUGAGAAAAGUGUUGUCAAUAGGAUCGCUAUUUGUUUAUAUUUGUUGUUGUGGGUUUUUCAGACCUUCCUGCUGUAUGGCUAUUCAGUAACAGUUAACACCGCCGAUUGUAGUACAGCUUUCAGUCUGAGUGUUUGUUUCUGAAGGAAUCCCAUAUCAUUUGAUGAAGGAAGGUAGAAAAGUUUGAAGUGGCUUGUUUUUGCCGACCGCUCUGAACGUGCCAUGGUUGUCAGCUCACAGUCACAUAAGUAUGCCUUUGUGAGAGAAACGUGCCAACAGUAAGGUGUUUGUGAAAUAGCGAGAAUUAUUGCGCAGUAAAUACCCUUCCUGUCAAAAAGACUUGUGUCCACAACAUUGCACAUUUGGUGUCACCUAUACACUAUUCAAAGUCUGUGUCACCUUGUGUUUGAUUAUACAACUCACCGCUGUGCAAUUCACGUGCUCCGCGAGCAUUGCUUUUUCUGUGUGUCACAUGGCUUGUUUCUGUACUUGUCCUAGACAAGGCAGUACGAGUUGCUGAUUGUAGUAGCCAAAGGAUGUAGAGAUGACAGCGGCUAUUAGUGAGGCAUGUACAUCCUUUACAUGUCAUAGCGCAUGCUUGUCCAGCUGCUCUGCUGGCUUCGCCAUUGAAGAGGUAGCAAGUAUAAAUGCAGUAGUAGAACCCCAUUAAUACGUUUCUCAAGGGAGCAUGGAAAAAGAGCAUAACAGCCAGGAUAACAUAACACUGAGGUAGGCCCCAAGUUGCUGCAGCAACAUCAGAAACAGCUCUGAGUGGCUGCCAGUACAGUUAUCAGAUGUCUCGGUGCUCAUACUUGUGACCAAAGGCAACACUUACAUGCCUCCUUAUAAGUAAGGGACACAUGCCAUGUUCCGCGACUGUGGCCCUGUUCCACUCUUAAGCUUCCUUCCAUAACAUGGUUGUAUAGCGGUGAAGUUGACUUUAGGGAACUGGCAAAAACUACUGUUGUUUGAAGACGAACCUUAUCAGGACUGAUGAUCACAUACUUCUGGAAUCUUGGGGCAGGGCCAUGGGUGGACCCAUUGGUGGGGCUUGACAUGCUUAGCCAUGAGUAUUAGCCCCUCCACCGCCACAUUUACACAACCGUCGUGUUCAAGCACAGCGUAAGAUGCGGUAACAUUACAGAAUGGCAACAUAUCAGAUGGGAACGUACCGCAGAAACCGGAACAUAGGUAGAACUUUUUUUCAAAAUACUUUGGCAGGAAGUCUACCCCUGUUUUUUAUACUGGUCAUUUUUUACCGGUUAUACUGGCUUUUAAAUUUUUUUUAGAAUUGAAGUUCUUGGAGUCGACCUAUAUUUCAGUUUUUACGGUAAUACAGUGGAGUCAGUGGGCUUUACUUCGGGACCGUGGAAAACACAGCGUAGCAGCUGGGAAAAUGCAACAGUGAGAAACGUAUCAACGGGAUUCCACUGUAGCUGGUGCUGAGUGUGAAAUAGUACAUCCGAUGCCUUCAUGGCUUCAUUCGAGAAGAUGGCUCCACCAUCAAUACUAUCACUGAAGAGAAAUGAAGUGGAGUUUCUCUUCCUAAAUCUUUCUUGCUCUACGCACCAUGUGGUGUUUCCGAGUCCAUCGCUUCACCUUGGCAGUUUUCCAUAAUGUGCAUUGUGUGUAUGGUCCGUCCAUGAUUCAGCACGUUGCCACGUAUGCAGCUUAAUUUGACCCAAUUUAGUGCUGCUUUGUCACACUUUCAUUUCCUCUUGCCUAUGCACAUCAGCUAGAGUGUCUUGGGGUGUCAUUGAUUUUUUAGGCUUCUUGCGUGCAAGGCCCGAGGGCGUUAAAUUUUUUUGUGUGUGUGUGUGUGUACAUGUACGCAUGUUUGUGUGUACUAAAAUCACUUUUUUUGUUUUCUUUAUUAGAGCACUAGAUGUGAGGCUGUGUACAUACGUUUUUGGAUGGUAGGCCUUAAUACCUCUAUAUUAGGUUCUCAUGUUCAGUUUUCUUUUUUAAAUGUAGGGAUUUUUCCUGCUGUGUAGCUGCUUCCUUAAUACUCCGCGCACUUAUUGCUGAAAGAGUGAUUAGUUCAAGUGACGACCAAGGGACAAGCUUUUGCCUAAGUUUAGGAAAACCAUAUUGGGAUCAGUCAAUUGAUUAACCACACUCUAUCAAUAAAUUUGUGUCUUUUGGUUGGCAAAACGCCCACAUUAUUUUUUUUCUUUAGUUGGCGAGAAAGUUGGAGCGGAACAUUCACAAUACAUCUGGAUCUCUAGCCGCAGGCUCGCUGGGACUCAGGCUCGCUGGGACUGGUUGACAGCAGGGUCUGGCGCCCCUACUGCUAGCAUAUCCAAAACCUGCUGUGCCAUUUCAUGUAAUUUCGUUGCUCUGGUCAGUGGUUGUGCAUGCCAAUCUUCCGUGGUAGCAGUUGAGCUGCUUUAGCGUCUUGCGAUGCGCCAUCCUUCAUGCGUGUUGUGUUUUGGGGGAAAGAAGACCGCAAGAAAAAAAGAAAACGACCAUCGCUGCAUAAAUCUGCUGUGACUGAGUGCCGUGCAUGUUGCUGUGGCAUUCUGGCCAAUGUAUGAAGUGCUGCAAACCCUAAGGGCGUAGUGCAUUCAGAAUUGCUUAAAUCUGUGUCUGGUAGGUUUAGCUUUGGAUUUGUGCUCUUCGCAGCCCUCGUGCGCGUUCUUACACGCGUUACUAUAUCCGAUAGGCAGAUGCUGCUAGAGUGGAAGGUUAUUUUUCUCUCUAACUCGUAGAAAUAGAGUCCGUCAUUUGUCGACGUUGCGCCGUAUUUUCGGCAUUUUCUCUUUGUCAGUUCUUUGCUGGUUCAAUGAAGUGGAUAGCACAGAGACAGCCAAGGCAUCAAGUUGUUGACCUCUGUAAUGGUGACUGAAACUAUUAGUCGACAGGUAGUAACAUGUCUGAGCAAGGCACUUAUCCUGGGGUGACUGAAUGUAAUGUUUGUGCAGGAUUUGAGCAGGCAGUUAUAGGCAUUGUGGUGCUGUAAUAAUCUCUAAAGAAAUGCUUACAGAACUGUUGCUUUUUCUUUUUGCCAAGUCAUGCAUGAAAGAGGCACUUACUUGGAAAUUGCAGUGAGGUUUUUUUCUUACUCUUCUUUUUUUUUUAUUUCAUUCUUUAUUAUCUUAAUUUUUUUAAGACAAGGUGAGUAAAGAAAUCAUCAUGUAUUAGACUGCUCAGGUUGAGUCCAUUGAGUUUAGUUGUGGUAGCUAAUACUGAAUUGUUUUUAAAUUUUCACAUUAACAGAAGUCUCUAAAAGCUGUUCUGGAUGAUUUUAUAUUUCUGUUUGUUUAUAGGCCUCGUGCUCUGCACCUUUGAGCAGAACAUGCAGUGCCACCUGACAACAGUUGGGGCAAAAAUUCAUUGGGAUUAACAAGCUCUUGCAUAAUAGUAUGUAGCAUGAAGCGCCAUGAUUGGGAGCCGAGUUCCUCACACUUAAAAGAAACUGCAGCUGUGUACUUCUGCCUAGAUAAUGUCACUAAAACUCUGGAAGUAUAAUUGGGAAUAUAUAUCAUUCCAGUAAUUUUUCUGUAGAAGCCCUACAACAAUGACAGGUGGCAGGGCUUGGUCAGAGCUGCUGAUGCGCAUCUUUGCAUUUGUAUUCGGGAAGCGUUUACGUAUCGUCAGGCAGCUGUGGGCAGCAUUUUUCUCUAACCUGUCUUCAUAUUCUUUACCAUUUUAUGAGCAGAAAUUCAGCUACAAAAAUUACGCAAACAAGCAGUCCAUCAGUCAGUGGGGCAUUUGCAGAAUGAAUUUCCUGUUUACCAGGCCAACUGUUAUUUUUACCUUCCGGAGUUUAGUGUCAACACGUCUUGACAGAUCUUUUCAGUUGUGAUGAAAAUUGACAGCUUUUCUUCGGGGCGGUGAAAUGGCCGAGUUUAGAUGCUUUUAUAGUGCUUGGAUCACAGUAACACACGCAACCAACAUUCAGACGGUUCUGUUGCAGCACACAAUGACGUUAAAGCGGCGGGCGUCGCUCCCACUCCACUGCCCUUUAGUCUGCACGCUUGGAAGGGCCCUUACCUAAAUGCACUGACAUCUGCCGCAGCUGGUGCUGCCUGUCGCCGAGCAGCAGCACCAUUGUACCAGCACUCGAGGCCUAUAGUGUGCCGUCAUUUGAUGCGCUUGUAGUUCAAAGUAAGUGUUACAUUAAGCACGUUAGCGCACGCCUGAAUUCUCAAAUGCUCAGCCAGUUUCUCAAUACUGUUCCAAGCUAGCCUUGCCGUGUCUGUAAAGCUGGACAGCAUGGUGCAUUUUUAAUGCUUUUUCGUUUUUCCUAGCACUACAUCAGGUUCCUAGAAAACAAAAGGAAAAAGAAAACCGAGGAGCUGUAUUAACAUUGUUGUGCAUUGCCACGCACAUUAACCCAUUGACUGUUGGGGUUUUCUUUAGAGGGGCAAUCCUCUAGUGCUGUUUAUUUCUUUUGAUCUAGUAUAUUAUAAAACAAACACUACAGUUUAUUUUUAGUUAUACAGAAUGGAGAAAGUGACGCUGGGAAUUGGGGGGGGCAAAUGCUCUCCCUUAUGGUCCUUGCGUUCCUUCAAACAUGUAAGCAUACCGACUGGCAGUGACAUUAAGAGAGUUAAUGUGAUUGAACAAUGUUUCAGCACACUCUUCCUCCAGGUUUUAUUCCCUUCACCGUAUGCAUAAACAUACUGUAUUUUCAUAGGUAUAACCAGCUCUGAAAACUGAAUAAAUUGUAAAGUGUAAAGGGUGGUUUCGAGCUAUCCAGAAAUUUACCUGCGAGGUGUAAUUUCACAGCUGUGUACUCUGCAUGGCUUUUAGGGCCCGCAGCUGCUGAAGCUGUGAUGCCAGUUCUGUCAGGGUCAGGUUAUGCACACGUAAAUGUGGUGUUUUAACUGCAAAGGUCUUCUUUGGCAGCUGCAUGUGUGUGCAUGCAAAACCAGCUUGCAUCUCCUGCUAAACUCUACACCGUAUACAUACAGUCGUCAUAUUUUUUUGCAAUGCAGGUUCCACGAUAAAGCCAAAUUGCAGCCUACUUUAAGCUUGCAGUGAUUAAAACAGUGCAAUGCUACGUUGAUUACGCACACUAACUAUAAAUCUUAAACCCAGGCUGUGUGCCAUAGCCUCAAAAAGUUUGCCUUUAUUCAAAUCCCGUGCCCCGUAAACUUAAGAUGCUGACUUAAGCUUGCUGUUCUUGUCAUUAUGAAAACAUUGGCAUUUUGACCAAAGCGUUGCCUCGAGCCAAGGAAUUUGGAUCAGGUGGUCUCGCAAACCUUGUUUUGCUGCAUCCUUAAUUUUUUUUGGCCCUCUGAAUUGUAUAUUCUGUUCUUGCAUCCUUUCCUUGAAAUACUCUUCUUGCCUCUGCGCAAGGUUCAGCAAACACAGUAAAACACUGCCCUAGAGUUGACAGCUCGUUGCAUUUUUUUCGGUCAGGGUUGAUUCGUGUUGCAGCAGUGAGGGUGCUGCCCUUUACUAUGUAGACACUUGUGAAUAAACUUGUGCACCAUGGCCAACAAAAGGCAAAAGCAAAUGCCAAAGAUAGUAAUACAUUACUUAGUCUAAUCACAGCUGAUCACACAAGUGUAAUCGUGAGGAGGAUGACUGUUUAAUUUUUUUUCCCCUUAUGUUUUCAUCUUUGGCCACCGUGUCAAGCACCUUCAUGAAAUCCAAGGUUUAGAACCUUGUGGAGAGGUGGUAGCAUUUAGAUUUCGCAAUAUGUUGUUUCAAGCAUGAAUAGCUUUCUUUAUUCCUCAUUUUCAGUGCCUUGCAGAUGGUUGCACUGAGUUGUGCGAGAUGUGUUUUGCGUUUGCGCGUACCUUGUUAAGCCUUUUCACAUGGUGCGGUUUUCUACUGCUGUUUUUGUAUCACCAUCCAUCUAAAUGGAAGCUUCAACUAUCGUUCGGUGUAAGCUAGCUUACUUUUAAAGUGACAGAAGGCUGAGUAAGUUGCUCAGAGUUCAUUUUUGUUUGAAAUAGCAGGCGUAGAAAACAUGGACACGAUGAAUGGACACGAUGAAUGAAAAACACAAAACACUGUCUAUCAGCUCACUCUAUUUUCUCUGUUGAGGACAAGUGGAAAGUGUUUAUUAAAUUCAAUGGACAAACCUCUUAGUUUGAGAUCAUUAGUUGAUUGAAACAAAAACCAAAGCAUGUCACCAUGUUGUCUUGAAUGGGCCGCAUUAACUUCUUUUGCACUGCCAUUAUACAAGUGAUUCCGCAGAGAACUUCAUCACUCUCAUAUGCUAAAAACCACUCGCCAAAAGGUGUUUGCCUCAAACGUGAUGGUGUAUGAGCAAAAUCUCAAACAAAAUCGCACCAUGUGAAUUGCAGUUUACUCAUUUAAACUCAUGAUGGCCUCAAAUAUGUAACCUGCACAUUUUGUGAGCAUUCGGGAAGUAUUUUUAUUUCUUUGUUUGCAUUUUUAUAUAUGUUUUAUCGGCACAGCUUGUAACGCUUGCAGUUGUUUAGUUCUGUGUGCUGUGCGAGAAAUGUUGUUUUUCUUGUUUUUGUUUCUGCUUAGAAAGACUUGGGAUGUGCAACAGUUUUGCCCCACCUGCUUUCGCAUUACUGCUUCGUGUUAAGCUUUCAGUGCUGCCCAGAUUUUAUUGUUGACUCAGCAUUUACAUGCACAUUCCACGCCACCGACAACGUGUACAACUGUGUCGUCCUUGUGAUGCUCCCGCUAGUUCACUUGCAUCAGUGGUAAGGUGAACUAAGUGAAAAGAAUAUACAGAGGCAACUAUUAAUCGCGAAGCUGUCUGGAUAGAUGGCCUGUGCUCUGCUUGUAGUAUCCGUUUGGUAAAGGCGUUUUCUGAGCUGUGAUGUGUGCCAGGCUUCAAGCAAAAGACAGCAGAGGAAUGAUAUGUGCGCCAGAAGAUGGUGCGUGUACAGUUUGUUGUAGCUGUUACCCCAUUGUGUGAUAACCAUGCAUCGCUUUGUCCACAUGCAGUGGCGAAGUGGCUCAGAUUCCCAAUUGUACGUUAACUUCAGGAGCUGAAAUAAAAAACAAGUGCGAUGCCUUUUG